AUGGAUUACGAAGUUCAGAAUAUCCGUUCUACCAUUAAUGAAAGCGAAAUAACCACUACAAAUGAAAGCCUUGAAAUAAUCACAGUUGCUGAGAGCCCUGAAAUAACCACUAUUAACGAAAGUCCUGAAAUAACCACUACUAAUGAAAGCCCUGAAACAAUCGUUGCUAAUGAAACCCCUGAAACAAGCACUGCUAACGAAAGCCCCGAAAAUACUAUUUAUAAUAAGAAACGUAAAAGAAGCAAGUCAGAAUUGUGGGCAUUGAUUUGUGGACAAGAUUGGCUAAAAGACGCAGUGAAACGAGACUGGACAUAUUAA